UGAUAAGCCUAUACAAAGACCAGAAUCUCUAAUGCGAAGACAACAGAGUGACACAGCAUGAGAAUCCAUUUUCGGUUUGAAUCCAUUCCGGAUGGCUUCCCUCCUCCGGAUGAGAAUGCCACACACGAUAUCUAUGCAAUUUGUGAGGCUUCCAGGAAAAACUUAUUGGGUCCAUUUAAUGACCUGCUUGACAAGCUGAAUGACACAGCAUCUUCUGAUGUCCCCCCAGUGACUUAUAUCGUCUCUGAUGGUGCCAUGCCAGUCGCGAUCGAUGCUGCUGCGAUGCACGAAAUUCCUAUUGCAUUGUUCUAUACUAUCUCUGCUUGCAGCUUCAUGGGGACUAAACAAUUUCGAGCACUCAAAGAGAAAGGCCUGACACCACUAGAAGACGAGAGCUUUUUAACAAAUGGUUACUUGGACAAAGUAGUAGAUUGGCUCCCAGGAAUGAGAGAUAUAAAGUUAAGGGACCUUCCAAGUUUUGUUCGAACAACAGAUCCAAAUGAUUAUAUGUUCAACUUCUGCGUGGAAUGUGCUGAGAGGGCUUCUGAAGGUUCUGCCGUUAUUUUCCAUACUUUUGAUGCAUUGGAGCAAGAGGUUCUGAAUGACUUUUACUCCAUGUUUCCUCACGUCUAUGCGAUUGGUCCACUUCAAUUGCUUCUCAAUCAAAUGCGAGAAGAUGAUCUGAAUUCUAUUGGAAGUAAUCUAUGGAAAGAAGAAGUUGAAUGUCUCCAAUGGCUGGAUUCCCAGAAACCCAACUCAGUCGUUUACGUUAAUUUUGGUAGCGUAGAGGUCGCUACAAAGCAGCAGCUCAUUGAAUUUGGAAUGGGACUUGUAAAAAGUGGUCACCCAUUUUUAUGGAUCAUAAGGCCUGACAUGAUCGCUGGCGACUGUGCGAUAUUGCCGCCAGAAUUCACUGAAGAAACUAAAGACAGGGGCUUUAUUUGUAGUUGGUGUCCACAAGAGGAAGUCCUCAACCACCCAUCAGUUGGAGCUUUUCUAACACAUUGUGGAUGGACUUCCAUAAUUGAGAGCAUUUCUUCUGGGGUGCCUAUGCUUUGCUGGCCAUUCGCUGGUGAUCAACAAACAAACUGUAGGUACACAUGCACUGAGUGGGGAAUUGGAAUGGAGAUUGAUAGCAAUGUGACAAGAGAUAAAGUGGAGAAUAUUGUGAGAGAGUUUAGGGAGCGAGAGAAAGGUAAAGAAAUGAAGAAGAAAGCCAUGGAGUGGAAAAAAUUAGCGGAGGAGGCCACUGGGGCCGGUGGUUCAUCAUCCAUGAACUUAGACAAGUUGGUGACGGAAGUGCUGCUGUCAUAAAAAAAAUUUUUGCUUCUUUUAUUAAAAGAUAAUUUAAGCUGAAGUCAAAUGUAUUGUUUUCAAGGUGAUUAGGGCUGAUACAUUGCUUAAUAAUAUCUGAUAUAAACACACAUCAUAUCCUAGGCUUUUUAAAUUGCUAAAUAAUAAUAUGGCAGGCUAAUGUGGAGUGUU